GUAACUCAUUUAUUUUGCGCCUCUUAAUUCUAUAAGGUUUGACGGGUGGUUGCGGCUAAUUGACGGCUAUAGAGGAGUUGACUACGGAUACUUGAAUCCAGAAGGUGUGAUUCCUGAAACUUCUGUGAUAGGCAAAGGACAAGAGAGGAUGAUGGACACAGAAGAUAUUGAAGACGCCCAGGCUGAUGAUCGAGAGGGCUAAUUGGCAGAAGUUCUGAACUUCUCACGGUUCGGGCAGACAGUGAACCCAAAACGGAACAAAAGCUUGCGUUUUUGCGGGGUGUGUUUUUCCCAGCUUACAAGCAAGUCGUCACCAUUUUGUAGAAAUCAAACGCUUAUAUAAACAGCUUUUGCCCCCUUCUUCACAAGAUUUUUCAUCUCUCUUUAUUUUUUUAAAAUAUGACUGCCUCAAAAUUUAUCACUGAAUACACCACCGAGCGUGGCUAUGACUUGAAGCUUCAAACUGGUCUUUUCAUCAACAACGAAUUCGUUGGCGGUGACAGCCAGAUUGAAACCGUCAACCCUGCUAACGGAAAGGUUAUUUGCAAGGUUGAGGCUGCUGGCGAAGAGCAAGUCAAUGCUGCUGUCGACGCUGCCGAGAAGGCUUUCGAAGAAGUUUGGUCCAAGACUACCCCCCAGAAGCGCAGAGAUUAUAUGCUCAAGCUUGCAACUCUCGUUGACAGAGAUCACGAAGAAUUGUCACAAAUCGAGACUUUGGAUAACGGCAAGGGUAUCACUUUCUCACGAGGAUUCGAUGUUCGUGAGCUUGCUGAAUGCAUUCGUUACUACGCCGGCUGGACCGACAAGGUACACGGAAAGGUCAUUGAAACUGAAGGUGUCCUCUCAUAUACUCGUCACGAACCCAUUGGUGUCUGUGGUGCUAUCAUUCCCUGGAACUUCCCAGUACUUAUGCUUGCAUGGAAGAUUGCCCCAGCUCUUGCCACUGGUAACUGUGUUGUCAUCAAGACUUCUGAGUUGACUCCUCUUUCUGCCCUCAAGGUUGCUGCUCUGGUUAAGGAAGCCGGUUUCCCUCCUGGCGUCCUCAACAUCAUCACAGGUUAUGGUCACAUCACUGGUGAUCUUCUCGCCAGACACAAAAAGGUUGGCAAGAUUGCCUUCACUGGCUCCACCAAUGUCGGACGUUUGGUUAUGAAGGCUGCUGCUGAGAGCAACCUCAAGAAGGUUACUCUUGAACUCGGUGGCAAGUCCCCUAACCUCAUCUUUGACGACGCUGAUCUUGAUUUGGCCAUCAAGUGGGCCUUCCGUGGUGUUUUCUUCAACCACGGUCAAACCUGCUGCGCAGGUACUCGUAUCUAUGUCCAAGAAGGUAUCUACGACAAGUUCAUUGAGAAGUUCAAGGAACACACCUCCAAGGCCAACAUUGGUCAUCCCCACGAUGAUGCCACUUUCCAAGGCCCUCAAGUUUCACAGACCCAAUAUGAUCGCAUCAUGGGCUACAUCGACACCGGAAAGAAGGAAGGUGCCACUCUUGCUUUGGGUGGCAAGCGUUGGGGUGAGGAAGGUUACUACAUCGAGCCUACCAUUUUCACUGAUGUCAAGGAAGACAUGACCAUCAUGAAGGAGGAAAUUUUCGGUCCUGUCGUUUGUGUUUCCAAGUUCAAGACUGAUGACGAAGCCAUUCAACUCGCCAACAACACCAACUACGGUUUGGCCUCUGCUAUCUUCUCCGAGAGCAACAGACGCUGCAUCGAACUUGCCAAGCGCAUCAAGGCCGGUACUGUCUGGGUCAACUGCGUUAACGUUUUGCACGCUAACACUCCAUUCGGUGGCUUCAAGGAGUCUGGCAUCGGUCGCGAGAAUGGUGAAUAUGCUUUGGACAACUACACCCAAGUCAAGGUCGUCAAGAUGGCCACUACUUUGCCCGCUUAAGCUAAAAAAUAAUAGUAAUAAUA